GCAACCACUCUAGUCUCUAACCCCUACACAUUUAUUUAUUUAUUUAUUUAUUGGUAACGCUUUAUUAAUCUCGGUUAAUCCGUAUUUCCAUGGAAGGGAGAGAGGGAGAACCCCGGAACGGAAGUCCACUUCCUUGCUCUAAUUCGCCUCUUCGUGUGACGGUCACAUGAGCUCCUCUGUUGGCGGCAGUCCACUUCGGCGGAGAGCCUUGUCGGAGAGGUCGCUCUCCGCCAUGGCCGACGACGACGAAGACGAAGACGACGACGACGACGCCGGAGACGGCCGUUUCCUCCGCGACAUCCAAACCCUAAGCAGAGCCCUCUCCCUCGUCCCCCGCCGCUCCUCCGGCGAGGUCGCCUGCCCCAGGCCCAAGCCCUCGUCCUCGAAGAAGCCCUCGCCGUGGAGGAGGUCCCUCAAGGCGCUCUCCCACAUCGGCCAACGCCGCCUCGAGUGCGUCUUCUCCCUCCGCGUCCACUCCGUCGACGGCGUCCCCGCGGCGCUCCACGGCGCCGCCCUCGCCGUCCGGUGGCGCCGCGCCUCCUCCUCCGCCGCCGCCGCCGCCGCCGCCGACGACGACGACGACGACGACGCCGGGGCGACGAGCCCCGUCCGCGCCGUGGGCGGCGCCGCCGAGUUCGAGGAAACCCUAACGCACCGGUGCUCCGUGUACUACACCCGGGGCGGCGGGCCCCGGCGCCGCGCGGCGCACUACGAGCCUCGCCUGUUCGUGAUCCGCACCGCGGUGGUGGGGUCCCCGGAGGUGGACCUCGGGAGGCACCGGGUGGACCUGGCGCGGCUGCUGCCGCUCACCGCAGAGGAAAUGGUGGAGGAGGAGAAGACGACGGGGAGGUGGAGCACUAGCCUCCGCCUAUCCGGAGCGGCGAGGGGCGCAAUGCUCGAUGUCAGCCUAGGAUUCUCGAUCCUCAAGGACGGCGCCGCCGCCGAUCCGAUUGCGGAGAAGAAGAUCUCCGAGGUCUUAUAUGAAAAGGCCGGGGGAUCGAAUUGGCCCGGUCAGAUGAAUGAUUCGAUUGGAAGCAAUGAUCAACGGCAUUCGACGGACAAUGUGAAGAAGGUGCUCCAUGAGAUCCCGCGCAGCUCGAAGUCCGGUGCGCCUCUCGAGCCGGAAGAUGAGAAUUCUUGUGGCGGCAGCAGUGAUCAUGAGGCACAAAGUCAGCUCGGCGAGGUGGCCAAGUUGAAGUCGAGACACUACACAUUGUCAGAGCUGCUCAAGGGAUGUUCGGAGGAGGACGGGUGCGACGAAACAAAGUAUACCGUGAUCGAGCAGGGAGUCGAGGUUAGUUCGAUGGAUCGAAUUGGCGGAUCUAGCACGGCAGACCAAGUUGUCGAAGAGGAUCAAAUGGCGAAAGAGACGGAAUCCGCUUUUGUUGCCCUCUCAGUUCAAGGAUCAGAGGACACAUUAGAAUCUCCGAAAAUUGAAGAGAACUUGACUGAUCCGCAGAGCUAUGUUGGUCGCAGGUCUAAUCGUGAUUCUGCAAUCUUGCGCAUGUUAGGUAUAGAUGAAAGCUCAUCGGAAUUGAGCUCCGAUAGUGAUCCCGACUCACCAAGGGAGCAAUUGUGGAAGCAAUUCAAGAAGGAAGCUUUGGCCUCCAGCAACAGUAUCCUUCGUCGUGAUUUCGGUGAGGAAAUGGUAUCACAGGAUUAUGAUUGUUCUUCAAUCAUUCAUGAAACUGAGUCAGAGCUUAAUCAAGCUGUAAAUAACAAGUCCAAUGCAGAGAUGGUGGAGGAUGAAGAAGUCGAAACUUUGAUGCGUGACCGGGGAUUAAACGAAACAUCCUUCCAAUAUUCUCCACCUAGUGACAGCAGAAGCGGAUUUGGUAGCCCAAUUGCUAUCCCAUCCGAGAAAACUUUAGAAUUGCCGCCGAUUGGCGAAGGAUCGGGUCCAUCUGUUCGGACAAAGGGUGGGGGAUUUUUACGGUCGAUGGAUCCAUCCCUUUUCGAGAAUGCAAAGAAUAACGGGAGCUUAAUCAUGCAGGUUUCCUGUCCAAUUGUAGUUCCCGCAGAAAUGGGCACAGGGGUUGUCGAAAUACUGCAGCAUUUCGCAUCAAUGGGAAUUGAGAGGCUAUCGGUGCAAGUGAGCAAGCUUAUACCGCUGGAAGAUAUUACGGGGACAACAAUGCGGCAAAUAGCCCCGGAAGCUGCUCCUUCUCUGGAGGCAAGUCAGAGGCAUAAUUUGCUGCAACAUCAAAUUCCAGAUGCACUGUCAGAGGCCAUUCCACAUGCCUCUGGUAAGAGCAGAAAAGAUAAAGGCUCGGCUUUCAGUUUGUCGAGCGAUAAGGAGAUGGCUUCUGAAUAUGUUUCAUUAGAGAAUACAUCUCCGUUGGCAAUGACCAAGAUCGAGACCCUUUCCCUCGAAGGCCUUAGAAUACAAUCCGGCAUGACAGGCGAAGAGGCACCUUCCAACAUAAGUGCUCAAUCUAUUAGUGAAGUUCCAGCUUUGGAUGGGACACAGGCCAGAAGCAAAUUCUCUAUAAGUUUAGAGGGAGCAGCUGCUGGCUUACAUCUUUCAGAUGUUAAAGAUAACGGAGACAAUGUUGACGGGUUGAUCGGAUUGUCUUUAACUUUAGAUGAGUGUAUUAGGCUUGAUUCCGGAAUUGUCGAUGAAGAAGAUCAGAGUAGUGAUCGAACUUCAAAUAUUCUUGCAGCCCAUCAUGCUAAUUGACUACUAAAUGAAGUCGCGAAAGGGGCUAAGAAAGGAGGGAAGAGAUCUAGCAGAAGGUGGGGCUUGCUGGGUAAUAAUUUUUCUGUUUCUUUGAUGGUUCGGUUUCAUGAUCCUUUACAUAACUACGAGGCGGUUGGAAUGCCCAUGCUUGGUCUAGUUCAAGUGGAGCGUGUUUCGGUGAAAGGAAAUAGUGAACAAGAUGAGAAGGAUGCUCAAGCUGGCGCAAAAGCAUUGGCAAAUAAGGACAAGAUUGUGGACGAAAAUUCGAUUCCUCCAUUUAAAAUUACAGAAGUUCACGUCACGGUUUUAAAGACUGAAUACUGUAGGAGAAAAUUAUGGGGUAAUCCUACGCAGCUGCAAUCGGGGUCUAGGUGGCUAAUUGCUACUGGGAUCGGUAAGAGCAAUAAGCGUCCUUUAAUGAAAUCAAAGGCCAUUAAAAAGCCUUCUGAAGUGAGCUCGACGAUGCAGACAGGAGAUACUCUUUGGAGCAUUUCUUUGCGUGUUAGCAGAUCUUAGUCCUUGUGUAUACGUAAUACCAAUAUCAUCUUUCCGAAUGAAACUAUUAUGUUGUGCAAAAGCAGAGGGAAGAAGAAAAAUGUAACCUAUCAGUACUUCACAGCCCUAUGUUAAAAUGGACCAGUUUGAUUGUCACGUCCAAAGGACCAGGCAUGAGUGCAACUGUUCUUUCAAGGCUAAGAUGGUUGGAUCUAGAGCAGAUUUUUUUUUUUUUUUUUUUUUUUUUUUGUAAAGAAAUGUUUAUGUUCUUGCAUUUUUGCUUGUUUGAAACAUAAUUCCAUUUCUAUACCUGUUAUUAUUCUCGCUCACGACCGAUGUGUAUAGUGUGUAUAAUGAAGAGUAGCUUAUUUUAUUUGUAUAGGAUGACACUUCUAAUACAACUUGUCUUGUAAGAGGGUUUUUCCUUUUCUCUAA